GAUUUCUGGCCAUCUCAAUUGCGAGCUUGAAACGUGUGAAAUAUGGAACAAAAUACGAAGCCUAAACGCUCUUUUAAGCGUCCGUUUGCCUUUCCCAAAAACUGUGUUUACCGCCCGCUGCGGCAGAUAAGCAACAUGGAGCGAAGCCAGAAGCUGCCCGCCGAACGACCCACCUACUUCACGCUCAAUGCACCGCCCUCGUUGGUUCCGGCCAAGAAGUACUCCGAUAUCAGCGGCUUGCCCGCUCCCUAUGCCGAUCCGCACACGAAACUGAGGUUCGCCAACGCCGACGAGUACGCGUCCAUGCAGCACAUGCCCUCGGACAUCAUCAAUGGCUACCUCACAGUGCGCGGCUACACGAGCGCCGUGGGAUAGUUCAAUGGAUCCAUAUACUGCAUAUAUCCCAUGUACUCGCUGUGUUCCGCCCCUGUAGACCUUGCGAUCCGACUACCACUCAUAAUGGGCAAUUACAGCGCUGCUGACCUUACUCUUACUGACAUUGCGUGCGAGGCUGUUGCUUUCAAGUGAUUUGAUGACUGCUUCCCGGCUGUAACACCGCGUUCAAGGGGAGUUACAUCCACAAUUACCAUAUAUGCAUAGGCUACCUAUAAGGAGAUGAUCUCUGUAAAUUGGCUAUAGAGAUUUGUCGCUAGUUUGACCGCAACAUUAGAUUAAGUCCAAGGUGAGGUAAAUACCUUGGGCGCUUAAAAUUGUCAAAAUUAACAAAACAGUUGCCACAUAGAUCCUAAUGGGAAAAACAAAUAUUUAAACAGCCGAUUCGUGCCAAGUUUGUAGUUCGCAAUGAAAGACUCACAGA